AUGACUCUUGGCGAUGACUUUGUUUUAAUAAUGGUGCCAAAGGGUUGGGCCUCAGCUGACGAGCUCGUGUUCUUGGAGGUGAGACUCGGGUCAUUUUACGAGCACCAGAAGAAGGGAACGCUGCAAAUGUUCUGGGACCUUGUCUGCCCUGCGUUCUUGCAAAGCUUCAGCGAGGAGCUGAAGAUCUAUGGUGCAGUGCCAGAUCUGUCUGUCCCACUCUACAGCGAACACGCUGUGCUGCGCGCAGGAGUGCUGAGGGCCGCUAUUGAGAAGCGGAAGCAGGUGGGACACGCCAACCCCUUAAUCACACCAUUUUUGUCUGGCACAAUACGCAUGAGGUGGUUGAAGGCAGUCGAGGUGUAUUCUCGUAUGUACUACAAGACGAGGGUGAAGGACAGCAUGCGUGACCAGAUCAAGUCCCACAAUUUGACACGGUCAGAGGUACUCGAAGUGAUCAAAAAGGUGACUGGUGAGAAAUUUGAGGGAGAGACUGCAGAGGUGAGGGCAGAGAUCUUUGCUGAGGUCGAACACUUGAAGGUGGCUGUGGAGGAGAAGAAAGGGACUGAUUCAGAGAUGCAGGAGUCAUCGCACACCAACUCCCAAAUGGUUAUUGAUGACUUGCCCACCAUCCUCAAGCAGUUCUUCGAUGAGCUCUGCCUUCACAGCGGCUUCAAGUUCUCUGUCGUCUGCUGCAGGCCUGUGCCUGAGGCAGGAGGAGACCUUCAAGUUCUUUUCUUUCACAGCAGAGUAGAUCAAAAUGUGCACAAUUUCGGCCAGUGCUAUUCCGAGUACGACAAGAUGUGCGAGAAGGGGUUCAGGCGGUUUAUCAAAAAUGUCUAUCCACCGAACAUCCAUCUCGCGCGUGCGUUGAAUUCACCUAAACCUGCGAAUGAAGAGGAUUCAGAUGAGCCUGAUAUCACUGCAAUGACUGUGGCAGAUUUGGAGGCGCUGGACAACACCUUGAAUAAUGAAGAUGGGGAGCUUGGCAUCGUAGGGGCUCUCGCGUCGGGCAGGACCACUUCUGACAACAUCGUGCGCAGACAUGCGACACCUGUCAGCACUCAGGUGCCAGCGCGUGCUUCAUCUGUCAAUGACACUUCUGUCAUGGUCAUUCACAGCGUGGCUUCCUCCCUCGUCGUGUCAUCGGCCGCCAACAACCCACAGGUUCUUCCGUGGGACCCUGACUUCGACUGGACUGGAAUCCACUUACCCUCGACAAGCUCUUCAGCUGGGGAACUCAUCCCGGAUUUGGAGCCUCCUGCAGGUGAUUGGAACUUCGCUGGCCUCGACCUGUCAGCAUAUGGUCUCGGUCUCAACCAGGCAAGCAUCUUGGCACCACCUGAUGUGCCGCCUGUCCUGCCUACUGUCGGUCUGCUCCUGCCUUCCAUUGGUGGAGUCAUGCCCACACUCAUGGAUUUCCCAUUGGCCCCAGCUGCCGGCGGGGCUGCAUUGGCAGCUGAACCAGUGCUCUUUGUUCCCUUCCUACCGCCCAUCAUCCCGACUGAUGCCACACAUGCAGCUGAUACAGCACUUGUCACUCCCUUCCCGCAGUCUGAUGCGCAAGUUGAAUCUGCAGUCGAGCCAGCGCCUGACCUUCUGGUUGCUCGGUCCUCGCCCAGCCCGAGUCUCAUCGAACAGUCUAUCAAAGAGACUGUAGCAACAACUGUUGCGCCCGCCACCACCGAUUUUGUUGUGCCUGCACUGAGCUCAUCUCCGCCGAGGUCGUCUCUCUUCUCAUCUCCUAUCUCUCAAUCCUCGCCCGGCAGUCUCAUCGAACAGCCUAUCGAAGAAACUGCAGCGAUGAUUGUUGCACCUGCCACCACCAAUUUCAUUGCACCUCCACCGAGCGCUUCUCCACCGAGGUCAUCCUCUCUCAUCUUGUCUCCUAUCUCGCCAACAUCCUCUGCACCCUCUGAACCUGUGCAGUCACCGGUGGACAAGUCAGCCAGCUCUGUGCCUGUCAAGGGGAAAUCAGUAGUGAAACCGAGAGGCCGCCCCAGGAGAAAGGCCAAACAGAAGGACCAAGGCAUUUCGGAAACUCCGGUCAUGCAUAUUCAAGAAGGGCCUGCGGAGGUGCCCCCCAAUGUCUCGAUGAGUGACCGACCUUCGCGCGUGCGCAAAAUGCCAGCACCGCCUGAUUCGAUAUGA